CCCCACGCACCUCGGCGCCUCGGGGGCGGGGAGCUAAUGCAGCUGUCACAGCCUCUCACUGACCAACCGCCGAGGACACACACCCGGGGCCUCCCAACCCGGCGGACGGGACCGACAGCGAGAGCAGCGGAGCCGGAAGUGAGAAAACCGGAAGCAGUGCUGUCCUUGGCUCCGGACCGCCUCUCUCUCCCUUAAUCUCGCCGGGCCCAGCCACGUCUCUAUGGUGCCAGCGCACCUCCCACGAGGCCCCCGCCACCCCUCUCUGGGAAGCUGGCCCCGCCCCUCUCGCUGCGGCCUUAGCAACCACAUCCGGGGCUCCGCAGGUGCCGUUGCCCGGGUAAUUUUUUGGCUUCCUUGGGAUCACAGAGGGGUGUGUACGCGGGUUCUGAGGCACUUGCUAGAGCUGGGAGCUCGCGGAAGGCGCGCUGGCCUGAUCUUGACUGAUCGGAGGUCUCCAGGAGCCCUCAGCAUCCCUUCUUUCUCAUUCUCACGCCCCAGCCUCACGCGUUAGGCGUCCCCCUAACUGACGAGACAGAAGAUAAACUGUCCUGCCGUAGAAGGGUUCUACUGUUUUCUUCUCUACCCUGAAGAGACUUGGAAAUUAAUGGGUAACAUUUUGCAUGAAAAUUUCUAAAUGCCAUUUGUUCUUAUCUCUGAGGCCUUCUGUGGAGAAUUAAUAGGAGGUUGAAUGGACAAAUGGAUAAAAUGGAUCGUCUUAAAGGAUUGAAGUUCCAAAAAUAUAUCAACAGGACUGGACAGGUUUGACAUAAUGAGAUUUCUAUUUUAGCUUGACUUCUGAAACUCUGAAAAAAACUAUAAACUGAGCUACACAAGGUCCUGGGAAGGAAGUUUCUCUUCUAAACUUUCUAGCUGCAUAUAACAUUUUUCUUAUUUAGAUCCUUUGAAAAAUAUCCUGAAAAACAAGACCAUCCUGAGAAAUGACCAUUAUACAUGUACCAACCUUAAAUAUAUGAAGUGGGAGAGAAAGCAGCAAUUUGUGUCAUAUUGGAAAAGACAUUUAAUUAAAGAAACAGAAACCAGAAAGAGGAGCUAUCUCUAUAUAAGUACUGGUAGAGAUGGCAGAAGCUUCUGUAGAUGCCUCAACUCUCCCUGCCACAGUGAAAAAGAAGAAAAGUCUAUCCAUUGAAGAAAAGAUCGACAUCAUAAAUGCAGUAGAAAGUGGCAAGAAAAAAGCAGAGAUUGCAGCUGAAUAUGGAAUAAAGAAAAAUUCAUUGUCUUCUAUUAUGAAGAAUAAAGACAAAGUCCUAGAAGCCUUUGAAUCUCUGAGAUUUGAUCCAAAGAGAAAAAGACUGAGGACUGCUUUUUAUACAGAUCUGGAAGAGGCAUUAAUGAGAUGGUAUCGAAUUGCUCAGUGUCUAAAUGUACCAGUUAAUGGUCCAAUGUUACGUCUAAAAGCUAAUGAUUUUGCCCAGAAACUGGGACAUAAUGAUUUUAAGUGCAGCAAUGGUUGGCUGGAUCGCUUUAAAUCCAGGUAUGGUUUAGUAUUCAGAGCUCAACCUGUAGAAACUACAGGUGUAUCAGUGGACCCUUCAACUGUUUGGCACCAAAAUGUACUUCCUUAUUAUUUAAACGAUUAUCAUCCUAAAAAUGUUUUUAAUGUAAAAGAGACUGGGCUGCUUUAUCGAAUGUUACCUACAAAUACAUUUGCAUUUAAAGGAGAAACAUGCUCAAUUGGAAAGUUAUGCAAAGAUAGAAUAACUCUGGUGGUUGGGACAAACAUGGAUGGCUCAGAGAAACUUCCUUUGCUUAUCAUUGGGAAAAACAGAAGUCCACACUGUUUCAAAGGUAUAAAAUCAUUGCCUGUGUAUUAUGAAGCUAACAGAAUGGCAUGGAUGACCUCAGAUGUAUUUGAAUGGUGGAUGCGGAAGCUUGAUGAGAAAUUUCAAGCCCAGCAGCGAAGAGUUGUGAUUUUUGUUGAUUCUUUUCCUGCACAUCCAGAAGUAAAGAACCUCAAGUCCAUUGAGUUAGCAUUUUUUCCAUCAUGUUUGUCUCCCAAAUUUAUAGCUAUGAAACAAGGUGUUAUUAAAAGCCUUAAAAUCAAGUACCGACAUUGUCUUAUCAAGAAAUUUUUAAGUUCUGUUGAAGGCAGCAAAGAGUUUACUUUUUCUUUACUAGAUGCAGUUGAUACAUUGCAUCUCUGUUGGAGGGCUGUAACCACAGAGACGAUUGUUAAGAGCUAUGAAGAAGCAGGAUUCAAAUCUCAACAGGGAGAAGUUGACAAGACAAAUACAGAGACCGAAACGGGUCUUGAUUUGGUUGCCCAUGCCCAAGCUGCAGGAGUGGAAUUUCCCGAAGGCUUGUCUAUAGAAGAGUAUGCUGCCCUGGACGAUGAUCUGGAGACAUGUGAAGCAGAACCGAAUGGUGAUGCGGUGUGGACCAAAGAAAGUAAAUCAGAUGAAACUGGAUUUUAUACUUCUGAUGAAGAGGAGGAUGGUGGAUCUCUGGGAACUGAACUUCCUUUACCAUCAAAAAAUGAGGCAAUAACUGCUUUAGAUACUCUUAAAAAUUUUCUUAGAAGUCAAGAUAUGAAUGAUGGGCUUCAUAAUUCUUUAGCAGACCUUGAAAUUUUUAUUAACUCUUUAUCAUCUAAGUAAUUAUUUAUUAUAUAACAGUUGAAGAGUAAUAUCUUUUCCUGAUGUAUUUUUCUAUAUGAGGUAUG